AUCAUGGCUUUCGUUCUAGCCCGAAAUACGGGGUGUUACACAAAACCACAUGUUAUAGAGUGUACCUACUAAUUUUUGCAAUAAUGGAGAAAGCCUUCACAUUUCUUCUCUUAAUACUCUUCUUGCUUAUGGCUAGUUCAGUCAUGACCCAAACCAACAUUACCACUGAUCAAUUAGCUCUUCUCUCCUUAAAAUCUCAAAUUAUUUUGGACCCCUUUAGUUCUUGGAUAAAAGUUGGUCUCCCACUAUUUUUGUUUGUCAUUGGGUAGGAGUCACUUGUGGUUCUCGUCACCAGCGAGUGAAGUCCUUGAAUCUUUCUAACAUGACUCUUACUGGCAGGAUUCCCCGCAAGUUUGGAAACCUCUCAUUUCUUGUUUCUCUUGAGUUGGGAAGUAACAAUUUCCAGGGAAAUUUGCCUCAAGAAAUGAUGCGCUUGCGUCAGCUUAAGUUUCUUGAUUUAAGUGUCAAGAACUUGAGCGGGAAGGUUCCCUCUUGGUUUGGAUUCUUACACCAAAUUCAAGUUCUAAAUCUUAGGAAUAAUAGCUUCACUGGUUCUAUCCCUUCUUCAUUCUCUAAUAUGUCCACACUUGAGACUUUGAAUAUGAACAUCAAUUCCAUAUUGGGCCAAAUUCCAAAAGUGAUUGGAAAACUUAUAAACCUUAGAGUAUUAAAAUUGGGAGGUAACAAGCUCGUAAGCUUUAUUCCUCUGUCACUCUCGAAUGCCUCAAGGUUGGAGACUUUGGAGAUAUCUUAUAAUUCACUUCAAGGAAACAUUCCAGAACGGCAAUCUUCACAACAUGAAUGUUCUAUCCAUACAAGCUAAUCAACUUAUGGGAUCUAUACCUUUCACAAUUUUUAAUAUUUCUAGGAUCGAAAUCAUUGCCUUUACUGGCAAUAGCUUAUCAGGAAGUCUUCCCAAUGGUUUAUGCAAUGGUCUCCCGAUACUCAAAGAGCAUUAUCUAUGCACAAACAAGCUUCACGGUCAUAUGCCUACAAGCUUAUCAAAUUGUUCACAACUUCAAAUUUUGUCUUUAUCGAAAAAUGAGUUUGAUGGACCAAUACAUAGUGAAAUUGGAAAACUGAGUAACUUGCAGAUAUUGUAUCUCGGAACUAACCAUUUCACAGGAAUAAUUCCACAAGAAAUUGGAAAUCUUGUUAAUUUGAUGGAGUUAUGGAUGGAGAAAAACCAGAUUACCGGAUCUGUCCCAAUCUCCAUAUUCAAUAUCUCGUCGCUGCAAAUUUUGUCACUGUGGCAGAACAAUCUUAGUGGAUUCUUACCACGGGAGAUUGGCAACUUAAACAAGAUGCAACAUCUACAAAUUGGUGUAAAUAAGCUUAUCGGUGAAAUACCCAAAGAGAUAAGCAAUCUCAUUGAGUUGGAGAAACUUGAUCUUGGGUUUAACAGUUUUAGUGGUCGACAUAAUAUGGAGAUCUUCAACAUAUCAGGGCUGAGAAUAAUUGAUCUUAAAUUCAAUAAUCUAUCAGGAAGCCUCCCACCAAACAUGUGUUCUAUCUUACCCAACAUUGAAAAACUUUAUUUGAGUAACUUAACCAAUCUUGUUGGGACUAUUCCUCAUUCCAUCUCCAAUUGUUCCAAACUUACUCUUCUAGAUCUUUCUAUCAAUCAACUCUCUGUCUUGAUUCCCAACUCACUUGGAUAUUUGACUCAUCUAAAGUUGCUAAAUUUAGCAGAAAACAAUUUAACAACUCUUUCUCUAACUUUGAACCCUCUAAACGGCAUGCUUUCAGCUUCCACGGGGAACCUUUCCACCUCUCUUAGAAAUUUUUACGCCAACGUUUGCAAAAUCAAAGGGAGAAUCCCAAAUGAACUAUGGAACUUAAGCAGAUUAUUAGAUCUUGAUCUUUCUAGAAACUACUUAGUUGGAUCAAUUCCCACAUCAAUUGGAAACUUGAGAAACCUGCAGGGCUUGUCCUUGAGUAACAACAAACUUACAGGAUUUAUUCGUGAUCAAAUAUGUAAAUUUCAGCAUUUCGGUGAUAUUUACUUUGGUCAAAAUCAACUUGCAGGAUUGCUUCCUAAUUGUUUAGGGGAUAUUACUUCCCUUCGGGAGAUACAUCUCGGUUACAAUAAAUUGAGUACCAAUAUACCACCAAGCUUAGGGAGCAUUCGCGAUCUAGUGGUUCUUGACUUAUCGUCAAAAAACAUGGUAGGUUCUUUACCUCCAGAAAUUAGAAAUCUAAAGGCCGCGACACUAAUAGAUCUGUCAAUGAAUCAAUUUUCAAGUAGAAUUCCUAGAGAAAUUGGAGGAUUGCAAAAUCUGGAAAACCUUUCUUUGAGACACAACAAGUUGCCAGGAGCUAUACCUGACUCAAUGAGCGACAUGGUAGGUUUGGAAUUCCUAGACCUUUCUCAUAACAGUAUAUCUGGAAUCAUUCCUAAGUCUUUGGAGAAACUUCAAAACCUUAAGUAUUUCAAUGUUUCUUUCAACAAAUUGUAUGGUGAAAUACCCUCGGGAGGUCCUUUCAAGAGCCUCUCGAGUCAGUUUUUCAUCCACAAUGAAGCAUUGUGUAGUUCUUCAAGAUUUAGUCUCCCGCCAUGCCUAACUUCAUCAAAGCACAAAUCAAAUAGGAACAAAUUGCUAGUUCUUUUUCUUUUGCUAGGACUAGAACUUUUAUUUGUUCCAAUCACUUAUUUGUUUGUAUGGAUACGUUAUGGAAAAGGUAAAAGAGCUCCUCAACAAACUGAUGCAUUGUAUGCCAUUACAAGAGAAAGAAUUUCAUACUAUGAAUUGAUCCAAGCAACUGAUGCGCUUAGCGAGAGUAAUCUGAUUGGUACUGGAAGUUUUAGCUCUGUUUACAAAGGUGUUCUCAAAAGUGGAACUGCCAUUGCAGUUAAAGUGUUCAAUCUGCAACUAGAUGCGGCAUUUAAUACCUUUGAUACGGAAUGUGAAGUUCUGUGUAGCCUUCACCAUAGGAAUCCCGUAAAAGUCAUUACUAGUUGUUCCAACCUUGAAUUUAAGGCUUUAGUGCUCGAUUAUAUGCCAAAUGAAAGUCUUGAGAAGUAUUUGUAUUCGCACAACUACUUCCUUGACAUCAAGCAGAGACUAAGCAUAAUGAUAGAUGUGGCAUGUGCAUUGGAAUAUCUCCAUCAUGGGUGUACUUCGGUGAUUCAUUGUGAUCUAAAGCCUAGUAAAGUCUUGCUGGAUGAGGAUAUGGUUGCCCACCUAAGCGAUUUUGGCACUUCAAAACAUAUUGGUGAUGAUGAGAGUGAUUUAUACACUAAAACUUUAGCAACAUUGGGGUAUAUUGCACCAGAGUAUGGACUGGAUGGAUUUGUUUCAACAAAAUGUGAUGUCUAUAGCUACGGGAUCAUGCUGCUGGAAACGUUUACCAGGAGGAGGCCUAAUGAGUUUGAGGGAGAUAUUAGCUUGAAGCAGUGGAAAUUGUAG